AUGUCGUCAGAAGCCGAGUCGACGAGAUACCCAGAACUCAUCGACAGAAGCACGAUGAGCUCGAAAGGAUACCUGGAUUUUCUCAUCGACAUCUAUGGUUCUCGUUCCAAAGAAGACAUGACGGCGUUACGUGUGGUGAAGGUAUCGCUGAUGAAGAAUGUAAAGACCAAAUCAAGGCACGAAUCCCUCCUGGUCGAACUUAGGGACCCCAACGGAGGCGCUCACUACCUGUACUUUGAACGAACACGGGACGUUAAUGAUGGCGAGCCCAGGUCGUCGGGUCCGGCGCAACCACCGCCUGACACUGAGCAAUUGUCUGCAGGCCCGACACCGAGCUACUCUCCGAGUGUGAGUUCCAGGAAGAAAAACCGAAGACAGAAAAGCCUACUUCGCAGACAGUCGGAAUUAUUAUUGAACCAAACGAUAUCUUCGCUGAGCACCGCAUCUUCUAGUGCUUCCGAUUCCGUCAGUAAUUCUUGCGCAAAGGAUAGCACGGCGUCUGAUACCGUGACAUGUGUUCCCGACGGCCGGCGCUUGGGCGAGAAGUGCAUGUGCCGGCUAGAAUUCGAGAGAGAAGGAACUGGCAACGUCCCGGGCGUCCCACACGAACGACCGUCUGUAUACGAUAUUGCAUUGAUUGCAGAGAUCUUGACCAAGGAGGCGCCGCGUUACCACCUCUUCAAAAGCAAUUGUUACCAUUUCGCCGGUCUCCUUUACGACACUCUUAAUAAACUGUACAAUCCGAGCGAAACCAUCUUGGAGAAACUGAAUGGAAAAUGGAAGAGAUUUCCUCUGUAUGCUAAAGAUCCGGCGCAGACAAUUGCCUCCAUCAUUGAUCAGUAUCGCGACGCUCGCAAAGAAUUUCACACCAAGGUACGUGUCACAAUUUUCAACAAUUUAUUGGUUGUUUGGACCUCCAUGCUGACUGUUGCUCAAGAUUGA